CCUCUCUUCGCGCCGUCUUUCAGGAUGGCAAAAGGUCAGAGCUCUUCUGCCUCGAAGGGCCAAAAGUCGAUUGCUUCUUUCUUUGGUGGCAAGCCCGCGAAAGCCCAGGCGGAGAAGCUCCCAAGCAGCGCGGACGAGGCGUCCGACGUUGAACUUGAAGCCGAUGACACGCAGGUAGUCACCACGUCCAAGAGCUCCGCCCCAGACGCGUCCGAUCUCCCACCGAUUCAUAACAUACCUGCCAUCUUCUCUGACUUGGUCUCGCGCGUCCCUGAGAUCAAGGCCGUCGCUGAGCACCUUGAAGGGCGGAAGAUGCGCGUCGCGACCAUGUGUUCUGGUACCGAGUCACCACUGCUCGCACUUGAGCAGAUCCGUCGCUCAAUCCUCGAGCACUACGACGUGCAACUCGAGUUCGAUCACGUCUUCUCGUGCGAGAUCGAGCCGUUCAAGCAGGCGUACAUUGAACGCAACUUCAAGCCGCCGCUGCUGUUCCGAGAUGUCUGUGAACUUGGAGACAGUCAUGCGACCACUGCAUAUGGGUCUUUGGCACCUGUUCCGGGCGACGUUGACCUCCUCGUUGCUGGCACGUCAUGUGUCGACUACUCGAACCUCAACAACGAGAAGCAAGGUAUCGACGACAACGGCGAGUCGGGGAGGACAUUCCGUGGAAUGAUGUCUUGGGUGAAGAACCACCAGCCGCCUCUCGUCAUCCUCGAGAACGUGUGCUCUGCGCCAUGGGAUCGCGUUGCCGAGUACUUCGAAAAGAUCGGCUACAGCGCCGACUACCUCCGUGUCGACACGAAGAACUUCUACAUCCCGCACACGCGAACGCGUGUAUAUCUGCUCGCGGUCAACCAGCGGCACUCUAGCAUCCCUGGCAAGUGGAAAGACUGGAUUGGUAAGCUCAAGCGUCCGGCCUCGUCCACGCUAGACGCCUUCCUUUUGCCUUCCGACGAUCCCCGCAUUCACCAGGCGAGGGAGAAGCUUGUUUCGGAAAGCUUCAAUGGCGUUGAUCGACGAACUGGACGUACGGACUGGGGCCGUUGCGAGUCUAGGCACCAGCGAGCGAGGUUGGAAGAAGAAUUGGGUCUGAAGCGGCCAUUGACCGGCUGGGAAGAAGGUGGCUUCUGCAAAAUGCCUGACUUCGCCUGGAACGACUGGGGAGUCGGGCAGGUAGAGCGCGUUUGGGAUCUGAUGGACAUUAUUGACCCUUCGUAUAAGACUCAGGUCUGGAACUUGUCACAGAACGUCGAUCGGACAAUCGGGUCGAACAAGGUUGGCAUAUGCCCAUGCCUGACGCCAUCCAUGAUUCCGUACAUCACGAAUCGCGGCGGACCCAUGGUCGGUCUUGAGGCUCUAUCGAUGCAGGGGCUGCCUGUUGACGAGCUCUUGCUUACACGUGAAACGGAGGACCAGCUGGCCGAUCUGGCCGGCAAUGCCAUGUCUACGACGGUCGUCGGCGCCUGCAUCAUCGCUGCGCUAGUUUCCGGUAGAAAGCUGCUCAAAGAAGGCGACGACGAGGCGACGUACGAGUCGAAGAACAACAUGGCCAUGACCAUCGACGAGGAGAGGAAGAGGAGCAGGCUAUGGACGAAGGAUGUUCCUGUCGACGAGCGUGUCUCAGGCGAGGAUCAGUUGGUGGAGAAGCCGCUAGACUUGGCUUCAACGGCCGAAACGAGGCUAGCGAAGUUGCUUCAGCAAGCCCAGCAGAGCGCACGUCUUUGCGAAUGCGAAGGCCGUAAAGACAUUACGGACCGCCAGCUAAACCGCUGUGUCGACUGCGGUUCGUCGUCUUGCAUCAAGUGCGGUGGCCGUCCGGAGCAUAACUUCGAAGCGAUCGAUGUCAACGCCGACCCUCGCAUGCCCCCGCUGGCCUUUGCGAAGGAGCUCAAAUCGACGCUGCCGAUGUCCCUGUCGCUCGCUAAUGUCUCUCGCGAGCUCCUUGACAAUCUCAGGGAUAAAGCAGACGUGACCAUCCCGGAGAAACGAUGGGACUCGUGGUGCGACGCUGUUCUCCGUGUGGCCGCGCAUGAGUUGCGAUUUGUCGAGCCCAAGCGGCAGGAGAUAUGGGCGGCGACUUACCAGUCGCCUGUUGCCUACCUAGAGCUCCAGCUGAACCCGCAGCAACCCGAGUGGCGGCUCGAGCCUGCCAACUCUGAGACCCGGAAGCUCCUCGAAUCGCCCAUUGGACGGUUCGCGUGCGAGGCAGGCUUGUUCAGUGGCCGGUGGGACUUCGCUCUGCCGUAUACAACGUCUGUCCAAAUCACCAUCUCCGGUAGUGAGCCCGCACCAUCGUGGGAGCAAAGACUCGGCCUCCAAGCAAAGGAGUUCCGCGACAAGAUGGUGAACUCGCGGCUGGAGAUUAGCGUAGACAAGAAAGACCUCGUCCACUUCGACAGGGACAUAUGCGGCGUGUACACGCUGCUAGACAAGUGCGGAACAGCGAACUCGGCGUUGCACAGGAAGUCGACCAAUGACCAGGAUGCCCACUUGCCGCCCCUCUUCCUCCUCUUGGAUCCUACGCGCUGCGGCGACCCGGCAGAUGACAGUUUUGUCAUUUCUAUCAGCAAAGGCCGCUAUGAGUACGGUGAGACCCGGCCGAUUAUCUGCCAGCUCGAGUCAAAGUGGAGACAGUCCGAUACCGACGAUGUGGAGAACAUCCGCUGCCAAAUCCCGUACAAGUGGAUGAAGGCGUCUGAUGUGCGGCUAGCGCCUGUUGUCGGACAUGCGGCCCACUACGCUGUGCCGGGCGAACAGCUCGACAUCGGCGUCUCGUCGGAGGCAUGCCGUAGCGCGAACGCGCUCCUGGUCUGUCGUGUGCCCCUUCUGGAUCAAGCAGGUCCUGAGUGGCCUCGUGGAACAUGGAAAGAGGUGGACAAGGUUCACGAGCGUGUUACCUUCAAGGCGCUGGCUUGGCUCAUCGAGCGCAUUCGGAACGUCGGAGAUCGCUUUAGCGACUGGCAUGACGCCGAGCUACCGAGCGGACACGUCAACUGCGAGCGCUGUGCACCGACCGCGCCUAGUUUGCUUUGGACCAAGGUCAAGAAGCGCGUGGUUGCCAUUGAGGACACCGCGCAGGCCGGAGAGUACGAGCGCAACCUAAAGCGUCGGCCGGCGCCGUUCGUCACGCAAUUGAAGCUCGAGGAAAAUGGAGUCGGCGUCGUGCGCAUCGGUGUGAACGUCGCCUCGCUCAUGCACCGGGCUAUGUCUCGGUUGCCGACAGCGGGCAGGACGGAGAAAGUCUCUGUCUCGUGGCGGUUGACCACGGAUUUCCUACCUGCAGCGAAAAUUCACCUGCCUAAGUUCAGGCUAUCUUCGAACAGGCACGACACUGAGCACGCUCAGCCUCCUAGCUUCAAAACCCCCUUGCGUCCCGAACAGUUGCGCUCUUUGACGUGGAUGCUGGCCCAGGAGUCUCCUGACGCUCCUCCGUUCGUUGAGGAGGAAAUUUCGGAAGCGAUCAUGGAGCCUCUGGGAUGGCGAGCUGAAGGCCGCGCUCAGCGGCCCGUUCACGUCCGCGGCGGUGUCCUCGCUGACGAAGACUUUAGGAAGAUGCAGGAUAUGAAGGGCAAGAUACCUGUGAAGGCCACCCUCGUCGUUGUGCCGCCCCACCUGACACGACAAUGGGGCUCUGAGGUGAAGAAGUUCACUGGUAAGCGGUUCAAGGUGGUGGAAUUGGCGACGGCGACGAACAUCAACGCCCUUACGAUUGAGGAGGUACAGGAAGCCGACAUUGUUGUCUCCGUGUACCUGGCUAACCUUGAGGCGUUGGCUGCCGCUGGGAGUCUGCCUUGCAAGAUGGUCGAUACUUCAACGCAAGAUGGAGAAUGUUCUCGGCUCGCUUCGCGAACAGGUGGAUCGUCUCAGAGACGAGGGGCUUCUGCGGUCAUGGAUCAGAUACUGGAGGGUCGGAAGCUCGACGAGGACGAAAGCAACUUUUUCGCAAGAACUAUCGGGAAGCUGCCGAGUUGUGGAGAGCGGAAAGAAGCACCCGAGGCAGUUAAGCCCAAGCAGAAGGGAACGAAAGCUGCGCCGCUCAAUUCUACUAGCAAGAACACCUCUGUUGUCAUCCCAGUGCCGCGGCGGAGACCAGCGAGCCCGAAGAAGACUCAGACGCACCUCGGCCCAGGCGACGCAGGAUGUCCGGAAGGCACCGGAACCUCCAGUCAAGCGUGGCAAGAAGAAGGCAGCCCCCGCGAAGCGUUCGGCGAAGAAGAAAGAGUCGAAUCAGACUACGAAGCGACGUCGCCCGCCGAAGACACUGGUUCCGACGCCGAUUCAUUCAUUGUGUCGUCCGACGAGGACCUACCGAAGCCGAAGAAGAGGGUGAUUAAGCCGAAACCGAAGCCGAAGGCGCGUAGCCGCAAAGGGAACAGUAGCGACGCGACCACUCCUCCGAUGACUGAGGAUUCGGAGGCUAUGAGCGUCGAUGAGGCGACGACGUCCAAGGGCAAACCCAAGGUGACGAAGAAGCGAAAGGCUGAGGACGAUGACCAGAGGCCCGCUAAGAAACAGAAGAGACGCGAGGACACUGAUCCCUGGAAACUCAAGUCGCCCGCCGUCAGGCGAGACUGGACACAGAUGAAGGCGCCUCCGCUCGAGAUGUUCCAUUUCGCUCGCAAAGUCGUCGACGAGUACACUUACCUGGACGGCAAGAUUCACUCUAUGGUAACGAACCUUACUGCCGAGAGGCAUUGGGUUCUCUCUGGUACUCCUCCUAUCCAUGACUUCGGUGCUUUGAAGACGAUCUCCGCAUUCCUAAAUCUGCAUCUCGGUGUCGAUGACGACGGUGAGGGUCAAUCGCUGCAGGUCAAGAAGCGCAAGCGCGAGCAGACUGCCGUCGAGAAGUUCCACUCUUUCCGAGAAGUUCACAGCUUGGAAUGGCACGCGCAUCGUCAUGAAGUGGGACAAGGUUUCUUGGACCGCUUCGUUCGUCAGAACAUCGCUGAGAUCGACGAGAUUCCGUCGGCCACCGAGGUCAAGAACGUAAAUCUGCCGGCAGCUGAACGAGCGAUUUAUCUUGAACUCGAGCAUCAUCUUCGCGCCCUAGACAUGACGGUCAAGCGAGGCAAGAAGAGCGAGAGCGACCGGGAAAGGCGAGUGGCACAGGCCCUCGGUGAAAGCAGUACUGCUGAGGAAGCACUUCUGAAGCGUUGCUCGCAUUUUGAGCUCGACACAUCCGACAAGGAGAACGCCAUGAAAGCGUGCCAGGUCAUCGUCGACGAGCGCAAGAAGCAGCUGGAAAACUGCAAGGCGGAGCUGCUCAAGAAGCUCGAGGAGGCCUUGAAGAUGGAGCAGAAGAUCGGCAAGGUCGAGCAAGAGUCGCUCUUCCGCGAGUACGUCCGCGUGACGCGCAACGAGGGUGUCGGCGACAAGGACGCUACGGAACUAGCGCAAGCUCUCCUUGACGAGGCACAGAUCCCGGCUCCUCUGAAGUCGGCCACCAACAAGCAAGUUGAUGGCAAGAACAAAGGCAAGGGCAAGGACGACAACUUGUCGAACAGCAAGAAGGAGCAAAUCUGGGAGCACCGUGAGCAGACCCACGAGAUCCGCCGAUUGACGAAAGAGCUCGUUGGACGCGUGCGGUCGCUCCGGUACUUCACCGCUGUGCGUGAUCUCCAGCGACAGAGGGAGGUCCCUCCCGUUGUGUUCUGCCCCUCCUGUGGCCGAGACGAGGUGCCCAUCGAGGAGGUCGCCGUCUUGUCAUCAUGUGGUCACAUGGGCUGCCUGAAGUGCGUCAUGGAGUGCGCGGACAAGGAAGAGUGCGUCUACGCUGCGUCCGGCGCGUGUAGGGCCGCAGCCCGAGUCUUGAACGUCGUCAAGGGUGAUACGCUCGGUAUUGACGAUGAGGCUCGUGAUGGCCGUGGCAAACACUACGGUCUGAAGCUCGAGCAGGUCAUCCACCUGAUCAAAAAGAAGAUCCCGAAGGACGAACGUGUCCUCAUCUUCGUACAGUUCCCCGAUCUCAUGAAGAAGGUCGCGGAGGCUCUGUCUGCGAACGGCGUCGACUUCCUAGAGAUCAAGGGCUCUGCGUCGCAGAAGAGCAAGAACCUCGAGAAGUUUCAGAAUGACAGUAACGAGCGCGUCCUGCUCCUGAACGUCAUGGACGAAAGCGCGAGCGGGGCGAACCUAACGUCCGCGAGCCAUGCCGUCUUCCUCUCGCCGUUGCUGGCGCAGUCCCAGGAAAUCUAUGACGCUUGCGAGACGCAAGCUGUUGGGCGAUUGAGGCGUUUCGGGCAGACGAGGCUUGUGCAGAUCUGGCGGUUCCUCAGCACGAACACAAUCGACGAGGAGAUCUAUGAGCAGAGGACGAAGCAGCGCAAUGUGUAGAGUGCUUCUUCUACUAUCGACGAUCUUUGGAAAUCUGGCUAUCGCAUCGCUUUCGAAGUUGUAUACAUACCCUCAACAUGUAUCCUUGUAUCUGUUCAUAGCAUCUGUGUUUAGUUGACUGUAAUGCAUAUAUCUUAUGUUGGAUCAGGA